AUGGCAAAUGAUAAUUUAAAAUUGACACCAGGAACAUACAUAUUUGUUCCUUGUAAAGAUGAGGUUUGGCUUGAAGCCUUUGUCGAGAACGUCACAGAACAAACAGUGACAGUUAAGCUUCUUGGCGAUAAGAACGGAGAGCUUAGAGAAUAUAAGACCACUGAUACAUUUUAUCCUCAGUCAGUCGAUAUUGAUGGAAAAGAUGAUGUUCCCGACGAUUUGACAAAAUUGACACAUUUACACGAAGCGUCAAUAUUACACAGCCUCCACUGGAGAUUUAAAAGGGAUAAAAUAUAUUCGCUAACAGGGAAUAUUUUAAUAGCAGUGAAUCCGUUUAAAACGAUUCCAAAUCUGUAUUCAAACCAGAUGUUGAUGAAAUUUGACUAUGUCGGAGACAAGGACCCGCACGUGUUCAGUACAGCAAGCGACGCAUACUACGGAAUGUUGGACGGGAACUGCCAGAGCAUUCUGAUAUCAGGAGAGUCGGGAGCAGGAAAGACUGAAUCGACGAAAUAUGUAUUAAAAUAUCUGUGCUCGCAGCUGAUAAGGAACGCUGUAAACCUGAAUAACUAUUACCUGAAUUCCCCCGAAAGUAAAAGAACGCCACAGAUGUCAAGAACACCGAGUUUGUCGCAAUCAGGGGGAAUGAAAUACUCGUACGGAGACGAGGCAGCGAAGCAGAUGAAGGACAACGUGGAGAUGAAGGUGCUGGAAAGCAACCCGCUCCUGGAGAGUUUCGGAAACGCAAGCACGCUGAGGAACCAUAACUCGAGUCGCUACGGCAAAUACAUAGAGCUGCAGUACGUGCAGAGGACGUCGGACAGACUGCAGCUGAUAGGAGCGACGAUACAGACGUACCUGCUGGAGAAGGUGAGAAUCGCGCAGCAGCAGCCAGGAGAGAGAAACUACCACGUGUUCCACCAGCUGGUGGCGGCGAACAGAAAGUACGGAAACGAGUACACAUUCGUGACCUCGAACAACCAAAGCUGGCACAUAGACCUGAGCCACUUCCAAGGAAACUUCAGAAUAGUGCCGGACGUGAGGCCUAUAGGAAACUACGACGAAACAUUCGACCUCAGCUUCUUCAACGAGAACCUGAUGGCAAUGGACACGCUCGGGCUGAGCUCCGAGGAGGUCAACGUGAUAUUCUCAGUGGUGGCGACAGUGCUGCACCUGACGAACAUAGAGUUCGUCAUCAACGCGGAGUGCUCCGAGGGAGCAGUGGUCUCGAACCUGGACGACAAAAUCACGAAGAUCGCAGAGCUGCUGCAGGUCGAGGAGAGCGACCUGCUGAACGUGCUGCUAACGAGAAGCAUAAAAACGGUCAACGAGUUCUACACGAAGCCGAAGAGAAUAGACGAGGCAGUGGACACGAGGGACGCAAUAGCGAAGAACAUAUACAGCAUACUGUUCGACUUCGUGGUUAACGUAGCGAACUCGGCAGUGGACCCGAAGCAGAGCGAAGUGGACGUGUCGGCGGGAAUACUGGACAUAUUCGGGUUUGAGUGUUUCCAGCUUAACUCGUUCGAGCAGCUGUGCAUCAACUUCACCAACGAGACGCUGCAGAACUUCUUCAACAACUGCGUCUUCAAGUACGAGCAGCAGCUGUACACGGACGAGGGCAUCAGCUGGAAUCCGCUGGACUUCCCAGAUAACCAGGACUGCAUAGACCUCUUCAAGGCAAAGAUAAGCGGUAUAUUUGCUAUGAUCGACGAAGAGUGUCAUAUUCCAGGUGGAACCGAUCAGACACUGUGUAACAAGAUGGUACAGAAGCAUACAGGCAACAAGAGGUUUGACAAGGUGCGAACCGACCAAACGUGUUUUAUAAUAAACCACUUCGCGGGAGGAGUAAAGUACAAGGUGGACGGGUUCCUAGAAAAAAAUAAGGACCAACUGUCAGACGACUCACUGCACUUUAUAACGAAUGUUAAAAAUAAACAAAUUAAACAGAUAUUUGAGUCGUUAAUAAAAUCAAAUCAAAAUUUGACACAACUAAUGAAGAAGAGGAAGACAAUAUCAACGCAGUUUACAAAUCAAUUGGACGUACUGAUGAAUAAAAUAGGAAAGACAGAGCCGCAUUUCAUAAGAUGCAUAAAGCCGAAUCAAUAUAAUAAGCCAAACAUAUUUGAAAGAUUGUCAGUGAAUGAGCAGUUAAAGUGCGGAGGUAUGCUGCAAGUGGUGGAAGUGAGCAGAGCAGGGUACCCAGUGCGUCUGACGCACGCAGUCUUCUACAACAAGUUCAAGUACCUGCUGAGAGGAGAGGAGCAGAAAGAGGUGCUGAGCAACAAGCCGGACAUGAGAAAGAUGAGUAAGAUGCUGCUGGACACAGUGAUCAAGAGGACGAUGAGCGCUGACCCGUACAAGGAGGGUUCGCUGGCAUUCGGAAAAACGGUAAUCUUCUUCAAGAAUAACGUGUACGAAGUGCUGUUUAACUCGCUGCAAAUGCUGAGGAACGAAAGCGCAGUGGUAAUACAGAAAAAUUACAGAAGCUAUCGUCAGAGGAAGAUGUACAAGGAGUGGAUGAAGAAGAUAAGAACACUGCAGAUGUACCUGAAGUAUAAAAUAAGGAAGAUCAGAGAGUAUCGCAGAAAGUGUAUGUGGGCGUCGCUGACAGUGCAGUCGACGUACAGAAUGCUGAAGACGAGAGGAGAGUACAGAAGGAGACUGGAGAAGUGGGUGAGGCUGCAGAGCAAGUUCAGAAGCAUGGCGAGCAGGAAAGAGUCGAGAGAGAAGUAUAUCAACGGAGCAGCGACGACAAUACAGAGCUACUUCAAGAUGUACGUGCAGAGAAGACACUACAGAGAAAUGAAGAGAAGCGUCCUGAAGCUGCAAGUCAACUGGAGAAGCGUGCUCGCGAAGAGACAGUUCAAGAGGCUGCAGCAGGAAGCAAAGUCGCUGGGCACGAUGAUAGAGAAAAAUCAGCUGCUGCAGGAGGAACUGAAGGAAGAUAAGCUGAAGCUGAGCGACUACGAGUCGAAGGUGCUGCAGCUGCAAGCAAGGCUGAGCAGCCUCAACGGACUUCUGAUGAAGGAGAGGAACGAGAAGGAGCUGAUCCUGAUGGAGAAGGAGCAGCUGGCGAUCAACAACAAGGACCUCACUGAAAAAAUAACGCACCUGGAGAACACGAACAAGAAGAUACUGGCAGACCUGAAGAUGAUAAAGCAGUUCAUAUCGAAGGAGAUCACGAGUCCGCACGCAGGAGGUAAGUUUCUGGAGGAACUCACCGGUGUUAACGAAAAUUACACAGUGAGGCCGGAGGGCUCGCCAGUGUCGAGAGUGGACUCGUACCAGCAGAUUAACACGGAGGAGAUGCUGGCGAAGGACACGAUGGUAGAUAUAGUGCUCUGCGGGCCCGCGGGCUCGGGGAAGAGCAGGCUGGUGGAGAUGGCGCUCAUCUCAAACGCGGACGAGGAAAACCUGAGCAGGCACAGGCUAUUCCAGAGGAGCAAGGACGCGCUGACGAGCUUCCAGAUGCACGUAAACUACUUUAAGCCGGAGCACGACAACAACGCGUUGAGUCUCGUGGAGGUGCCGGGAGAGUACAUCGACGACGAGGAGACGAGGAAGCUGAUGAAGAACACGUACCUGAUAGCAGUGUGCUUCGACCCGAGCUCGGAAAGGUCGAUGAUAGAGUGCAUAACCAUGGUUAAAAUCAUCAUGUCGUACGUGCAGUUGAAAUACACGAGCAUCAUCAUGCUGCAAAAUGACCUGAUACUGGUGGAACAGUCGAAGAUUCCAACGGAUUUGUCGCUGGCACAGAGAUUUGCGACUGAAAAUGAGAUUUUGUUCGUGAAAGUGGACAACCUGUUCAAUUUCAUAAAGAAGACGCUGCCGUUCAUUGAGUCGAAGAAGAGUCUGAGAACAAUACUGACAAAGAAGCCGUCGUCAGCAAGAAGUGUGAAGGGACAGAAGAGUAUCACCAAGAGCCCAAUAGCGUUCUUCUACGAAAGGUUCAGAAGCUUCCUGACGGGAAUAGGAGGCUCGGCGUCACAGGCGAAGUUGCUGCAGGCGACGAUAAUAGAACACGAAGCAAACAAGCUGCCGCCACUGGGACUGAAGAGAGUGGCGCACGUGUCAAAGUACGACAGUGCAGUGACAUGCGUGGCGAUAAGGCCUGAGGAGUUGACGGACCCGUACAUAGUGGUGGCAGUGGGAAGAAGAAACGGAACGAUCAACAUAUUCCACGUAUAUCGCACGUCGCUGGAGUUGACAGUGCUGUCGAACAACCUAAGGGAUGAUGAGCAGUUGGCCAGCUCGUUGAGCAAUGACGAAGUGGUGUACGACGAGACGACGAAAAUAGUGGACUUCGCAACGCUCGCGCUGCACACGAAGGCGGUGACGUGCAUGAGCUUCUCGAAAAUGAACGCCAAUGAGCUGGUGAGCAUAUCAGUGGACUGCACAAUCAGGGCGUGGAACGUCAUGACGGGAGAGCUCGUGAAGGUAUUCAACGACUCGUACCCGGGACUCUGCAUCUACUUCCACCCGCUGCAGCCAAACCUGUUCUUCUCGUGCAACUCGAACCCGACGCUGAGAAUCGUGGACUACAACGAGGGAACGGUGGUGCAGAAGAUAAGGACGAAGAGCGAACUGCGGUGUCUGGCCUUCGACGACACCAGGCUCAACAUACUGGCGGGAAGCGAGCGUGGCUCUAUAACAGUGUACGAGUCUCAGGCGAACAUGCUGCUUAAGGUGACGCUGACGAAGCAAAUAUCAAGGGGGCCCGUAACAUGUCUAUCAUUCGUAUCGCCUACGAGCAGUGAAGCACUCCCAUCGCUGAUCGCCAACGUCUGCAGCGGGUCAAUAUCAGUCCUGAACGUGAUAUACGACCCGAACAGUGGAAAGAUAAUGGAGCUUACACACAGGUACAACGUCAACAACAACCAUGUGGCCUUGCCUCUGAGGUCAUGUUACUCUAAGUUCGGAGGAGGCUGGUGCAUCAGCGGCUCCGAAGAUAGAAACAUACUCAUAUUCUCACUAUCUGAUGAAAAUAUACCGUUCUCAAUCAGUUUCCACAGCGGCCCGGUGGUAUCGACGGCAGUGAACGAUAACGACACGAUGAUGGUGUCAACGGAUUCAAAGGGUGUGGUGGCAAUAUGGCGAAGAGCAAUGCACAUAAGGAACUAG